UACAGAGAGAUAGGAAGGACGACAUCACAGUCCUGUUUCCUGCUUUCCUUUUUUGUGUGUGUGACAUUAAAAAAAUCUGAGAUCUAAUUCACAUAAUAUUAAAUUCACUCUUGUAACGCGUUCAAACAUACUAAAUAUAGUGUUUUUUACUGUAUUCACAAUGUUUUGCAGCUAUCAUCACUAUCUAAUUUAGAAUAUUUCCAUCACCCCAAAAAGAAUCCCUGCCCCACAGUUCGCUUUACCAGUCAUUCCCCAUCCCCUACUUCCCCCAUCCCUCAGAGAUGUCGCUGCCAAGGUCUCUGUGAUUUCCUUGGACUUUGCUUCAUGGUUUCAAGAUGGCUGCUAUCGCUUCAAUCAUUACAUUCACCCUACAGUCAGGAAGAGAGAAGGAACAAGGAUGAAACCCCUGGCUGAGACAGCCCCUGUCAAAGAGCUUUCUUGAAAGCUUCAACCAGUGACUUGGCUGAACCACUUGACAUGGACCACCCCUUAUAAGGAAGAUCGGUGUUUGCUUCAGGAUGUACACCGAAGAUGAGGCAAGGAAAAUAGGGGUGGUUGGCUGGGUGAAGAAUACCAGCAAAGGCACUGUGACAGGCCAAGUGCAAGGCCCCGAAGAGAAAGUCAAUUCCAUGAAGUCCUGGCUGAGCAAUGUUGGAAGUCCUAGUUCUCGCAUUGAUCGCACGACCUUUUCCAAUGAAAAAACCAUCUCUAAACUUGAAUACUCUAAUUUUAAUAUUCGAUACUAAUAGGAGAAAAAUUAAAAUUGUAAUGCUCAUACUGCACAAAAGACACUAUGUAUUCUUAAGUCUAUAAACUACAAUGAUAGUAGCAGAGUAGGGUAAAAAAAAAGGAACUUUCUGUUCUGAAAGCUACAACAUUAUGUUACUAAAAUGUCUGACACUGAAAUAGUUUUACUCAAAUAUGUUUUUAACAAGCCAAAACUUAGCAUUCUAAAAUUUAAAAUGUCAUUACAAAAUAUUUAAUAUGAAUAUUUUACUGUAUUUAAACUUGUCUCUUGGAAUCUUUAAUUCUAAUAUUAUGGCAUACAUGUUAUUUGGCUG